AUGGCUGGGAGACGUAGAGGCCGUGGUGGACGACCCCCCCUUAACCAUGACUAUCAUGAAGAGCGAGAACGAGAUCUUCGUGACAUCGAGAUGGAUGAACUAAGGAGACAAGUGCAGCAACUCCAGCAGCGUUUAGAGCGCUUCGAAUCUCUGGAUCAUGAUGAUUUUCGUCACGAGUCAGUGCCUGAUUUGGAAGAUACCAACCCUUUUGCUAGUGCUCAUGAUCAGUCAUCUGGUGAUGAGUCUAUACCACACCGUCGAAGAAGAAACUUUGGUUCGCAAAAGAACUUUGAUAUCAGAAUCGAAAUUCCUGAAUUCAUUAAUUGGAUCAAUACAGUUGAGAGAAUAUUCGACCACAAAGACAUUGAGGAAGAUCGCAAGUAUCACAACCUGAGGCAAAAUGAGUUGUCAGUGGAAGAGUUUACAACGGAAUUUGAUAAUGUUCGAAUUCUAUGUGAUCUCAUCGAGCCGGAAGAACAAACAAUUGCUCAUUAUAUCGCAGGAUUACACCCGAAGAUUAGUGAUAUUGUCCAAUUGCAACCAUAUUGGACUUACACUGAUGUAGUGAAGCUAGCACUGAAGGUGGAAAAGCAAAUUAAAGAAAAACGUGGUAGUUGCUCGAGGUCAUGGGCACGUGAGGGAAACAAACCUCGAGGAGUUGUUUCUUCACCUAAUUCAGGUUCAACUAGCAAGACUACAACAUCAAAACCCACAAAGCAAGAGGGAUCUUCUGGUCCUAAUAGACUCUCUAAUACUCGUUGUUUCAAAUGUCAAGGCCUAGGCCAUAUUGCUUCUGAUUGCCCAAAUAGAAAGAUUGUGACCAUAGUAGAAGAAUCAAACGAUUUUUUGGUGCAAGAAGACGCCCUAGAUGAUGGUGGGCCUAAUUUUGAUGAAGAAGUAACUUAUGGCGACGAAGGAGAAAACUUAGUCAUUCGUCGAAGCUUAAAUACUAUCCACAUGGAAGAAUAUAAAUGGCUUUGCAAUAAUAUAUUCCGUACAAGGUGCACUUCCCUGGGAAAAGUGUGUAACGUAAUAAUUGAUGGUGGAAGCUGUGAAAUGGUUGUGUCUACUACAAUGGUGGAAAGGUUGAAUCGCAAGACCACUGAUCAUCCUCACCCCUAUAAGUUAUCUUGGUUGCGCAAAGGAAAUGAGAAAGAUGGUGUGAAAAAUGUGCUUGGUCCGAGCAAGCUUGAUAGCAAUCCCGAGCCUUCAAAUGGAGGAGGGAACAACAAUUUACUAUCAAAAACAGAAUUUCUUGCCGCCGUAGAAGAAAUACAAAAGGCUUAUGUUCUGGUAGUUCUUGAAGAGAAUAAAGAAAGACUUGAAUUUCAUCCACUUGUACAACCUCUACUUCAAGAAUUCGGAGAUGUUGUACCACAUGAUAUUCCAGCAGGUCUACCACCAGUGCGGGACAUACAACACUGUAUUGAUUUUGUCCCUGGUGCCGUUAUCCCUAACAAGGCAGCCUAUAGGAUGAGCCCGAAGGAGUUCGAGGAGCUUCAGUGGCAAGUUGAUGAGUUAAAAUCUAAGGGUUUCAUCAAGGAAAGUAUGAGCCCAUGUGCUGUCCUGGCACUUCUUGUACCAAAGAAGGAUGGUUCCUGGAGAAUGUGUGUGGAUAGUCGGGCCGUGAACAAGAUUACCAUAAAAUAUCGAUUUCCCAUCCCUCGCCUUGAUGAUAUGCUCGAUCAACUUCAUGGUGCUAAAAUAUUUUCCAAGAUUGAUUUGCGAAGUGGAUAUCAUCAAAUUCGCAUGAGACCAGGGGCUGAGUAG